UAGUAGUAGUAGUAGUAGUAGUAGUAACUAACUAGUAGUUAGUCAGUCAGUCAGCAACCAAACCGCCUCGCUGGUGCCAAAAAAAAAGCCAAGCCAGUCCUGGUAUGUAUCGCAUCCUUCGCCUCCAUCUGUCUCUCUUCCUCCCCCCAGACCAGCUAGCCAUUCCCCCAACGCGCGCUGCCCAAGUGCCCCCGUGUCUUGUAAUGGAUUGUGGUCUCAACAAUGCGAGGACAUACCGUUUUGUUCUUCUUCCCUCUUCCCGUUGCUAGAGGAGGUUGUUGAAGAUGCAACAUACCUCGAUAUCAUCCAUGCAUUGCUAUUUGACUGGGGAUUGGAAACGGAAACAACAACUAACUCUAUCUACUUACUUCGUGCACAGCCAGUCCUCACCCGCUGCGGCCGGUUGGUGCUGGUCAUGCGCUGCCAUUCAGGCUGGAAGAACCUGCUCUCCCCAUCCCCCAGAAAAACAUACACUCCUCGUCCGACCGUUUGGCCUCCAGAAACCCUCCUCCUCCGACAUUAUCCCAUGCUCGAGACCCAUCUGCUCCGCGCGGGAGAGCUGCUGGUUCUUCCCCGGUUUCCCUUCAAUCUCUACAACCACAACCACAACCACGGCUACGGACCCAGUCCCACUCCAAAAGCCCCGAGUCCGUAGGUACACGAUCAGGUACCAGCCUGGACGGCGAAGGUCUAGAGAGACGCCCUUCCAAUUCCGCGUACGGUCACCAUCGUCAGGCCUCAAUAGUCCACGGAAGCAUCCAGCACUCGAGGAAUGCAAGUUUUGCCGCUUCCUCCGCUACUGCCAGCCCUCUAAGUCCGGAGGCCAUUGCGACUGCAGCAUUUGGGGUUGCCCAUGUCAUUGAUCCACCUUCGAAUGGAAAACGAGAUCCUCUUGAAUACCCUGCUGGAUAUACUGGGGGCGGAACCCCUGUCACUGGCCAGAUGCAGCCGUUGAGCCUAGCAACUAUACCGGAUAAUCACCAGGCCGAAAUGGCUAGUGAGCCAUCUUCCCAACGUAAAGCAACUACAAGUGGGAAAUCGCGACGAGACCAUUCCCAUCAUCCCUCACAUUCUGCCAAACAUUCGCAGGAAGCGAGAACUGUCGGGGAAUAUGCUCUACAUCAUCUAUUCAACUCGUUUGUUGGCCAGGCAGAUGAAAAAAUCAAUCAAUGCAUUUUAAGCAUCGAUGAAUAUGACACGCCUGUGGAACAUAUUUGCGGCCCAGGUGCUGAUCCUAUCUUCGAUCAACUCAUUUCCGCUCUGGGACACAUUGCGAAAAGGAAACCGAAGCCUUUGAUAGAUACAAUUAUGGUUUGGAGAAAGGCCAAGGGAGAAGCUGCGUCUGCAGCUAAACACGCUGCCAGCCAGGCAAGGCAAGUGCCCCCUUUUGUGGGCGCUCUUUCCCGCCGUAAUACCGAACCUACGCAUCCCGGGCCUGAAAGUCAAGAUUCCAGCGCUGUGCCGAACGGCUCGCACCUCUCACCUGUAUCGCGGCAAGAGGACGUAAUACUCGCUGAACGCCGGGCUACAGUCUCUGUAUACCUCGUCUGUCGCGUGUUGAUCGAAAUUUUCAACCAGAGCACUCUGCAAGCCAUCACUUCCGAGAUGGCAGAGCGGCUAGAAGACAUUGUUUUUGGGCAAUUGAAAACUGUUGAUCCGGACCAAAUUGCUGCAUCGCCGCUUCGAAUGGCAAACUGGCGUAUAUAUGGUCAACUUUUGGGUAUCAUGAGUGAAUCUAGUUUUACCAGCGUUACCAACAGAUUCCUUGCGGAAUUAAGCCAGUUUCAGAAGGAUGACUUCAGAUUAGCAGCGGCAAAAGAUGCGGAGGCGAAAGCGGAGUUACUUAUAUAUGGGAUGAGACAUAUCCAAAUCCGGACCUCCCCAGAGGAUGUUUGGAGUAGGUCUUGUGACUUUUUACAAUCCGUGGCGAGAUUAUUCGUCAAUUCGCACGGCCAGGCCUUGAAACAAGCAUAUUGCCAGAUUCUCGAGGUCCUCCUCCUCCCUAUCGCGGGUAAUCUCACCUGUGACUUUACGUCACCCAAAUGGAAGGAGCUUGUGGACAUCCUUUUUCCACGCUUAUCUCAAAUUCUCGGAAAACCUCGGCACUGGAAUAGUGCAUUCCCCCUUUAUACUCUACUUCUAUGCGUGUCGCCCAAAGAAACAUUUUAUGCCCAGUGGAUGUCUGUGAUUACCAGCCUCCCGCCAAAAUUGAAAGACCGGCCUACCCGAGGGACAGCCCUCCAGGCAAUCUGUCGAUUACUUUGGACAUACCUCUUUCGCUACACCGAUUCCCAAAAUAACCCACUUCGAAAAAUAGAUGAAAUCACACGAAUCGCUCUUCCAGGCGGUAGAAGGACGUAUUUAACUACUGAGACAGCCGUGGCUGAGCCGUUGACACAACUUAUCCGGAUGGUCGGUUAUAAACACCCUGAUAUGUGCUUCAGAGGUAUAAUAUUCCCGCUGGUUAACUCGGACCUCAUCAUGUCUGGUAAAGAAUUGAAAAUUGAGCAAAUGGAGCCUGAGAAGAUGGUGAUUGGGAUCCGCUCCUUUCUAGCGAUAAUGGCCGAUUUAGACCAUGGAGGCCAACAGCCACCUCCAUUCCCGCAGGACUUUGCUGUCACAGACCAACCAUUUACCUCAGCUUUUCCCUUUGUCGACCCGCGGACAACAACGGUAGACACUUUAAAUCCGAACAAAAAAGCCCUACAAGAGGCCGUCUUCCGACCGGUCAAUACCGCGAAACUUAGUGAGAAUUCCCGGAAAUUUUAUUUCCGUUUCUGUGAAAUACUAGGAAAGAUCACAAUCUUAUGUGAUAACACAUUUGGUGGCCAGGCAGCUCUAGAUGAGAAGUUCGGUGGAGUCACGCCCAAAACACCAAUCGCAGAAGCUUUUAGCUUUGGAAGAAGAGAUGACCAUUCAACUGGCCCUGACCAAAAACAAGCCUUUUAUGAUCUACUACAUGUUGCUGUCCAGGCUCUCCCUCGUUGUCUCUGCGAUCAUAUUCCUUUCAAUUCUUUGAUAAAUUUACUCUGCACCGGGACUGCGCAUGUACAGUCUAAUAUUGCCAGCUCUUCGGCCGAGUCUCUCAAAUCCAUUGCUCGCCAAUCCCACGCUCAGCAUGUUGCAAUUGGGUUCGCUCGAUUCAUUUUCAAUUUCGAUGCGAGGUAUUCAACAAUGUCGGACGAGGGGAUGCUGGGCCCGGGACACAUCGAAUCUACUUUGAAAUUAUAUGUUGAGCUGAUACAAAUUUGGAUUGAAGAGAUAAAACAAAAAAGCAAAGACGCGAGUUCAGACCCGGCAGAGAAUGGUGGAAGUGGAAGUAGGGGGGUGCAACUAGACUUGUCAGCUGUCAUGGCUCAUGUGGAGGAGAUCGAGUCCCACGGACUCUUCUUUUUGUGUUCGCAGUCAAGACGAGUUCGCGCAUUUGCGAUCACUGUCCUUCGUCUUGUUACUGAGUUCGACAGCGCCCUGGGCAAAACUGGGAAAGACGUGCCGCGUAUAAUUCAGAUUUUGGAAGACGAGUCGUACAAUGUUCUAGAUCUGAAGGAUGACCUGCUUACCGUUGCGGAGAGGAGCCGACUUCAAAAAGGGAAGCAACAAAAUGGGCCACACAACACCCUCAUAGAGAUUUGUAGCAGCGAGGUUUCCUAUGACUCUACUCUCUGGUCUAAGGUGUUUCCAAAUCUCAUCCGCAUCAGUUUCAGAACUUGCCCAUUUGCCGUAACCUUGGGACGCGAAAUUGUUUGUGCUAGACUAGUUCAAAUGCACAACAGCAUCGCUGCCCUUGCCGAAAAUUUUCAACCAGGACAGUACGCCUCGCUGGACAUUGUCCAAGGUCGACCGGCUCCCCGCAGCAGCAACUCGCCCGACAUCUUGGUCGAGCAGUGGAAAUUGUACUUGAUAAUGGCGUGCACUACCAUCAAUACAGCGGGCGCACAAUCACAAAGUCAGCUUGCCAAUGCUCAGCAUGCUCGUAAAACAUCGAGGGCAGGUCAACAUCCCCAGGAUAAAAUCGGUUCUGCUAGAGCACUUUUUGCAACUGUUAUUCCUCUGCUAUCUGCUGGCCCUGACUCGAUUCGCAAUGCUAUUGUUGUCGCCCUUGGUUCGAUAAACAAAAAUCUGUAUCGUACAUUGUUGGAAUCAUUGCAGUAUGCAGUGACUACCUGCAAUGAAGAAGCUCGAGUACGAAUUGGAACGCACAAUAGGACUCCCAGCAGCCCCCGGAGAAACAGGAGAACAGAUAGACUACGAACUGAAGUCACCAAUGUCUACAAGGUCACAUCGCACUUUCUGAAGGAGCCGGAGGUGUACAACGACGACUGGAUCCUCAACAACCUGGUAACGUACACGAAAGAUUUGAGGAUAUUCCUCAGUGACGUUGAGGUGCAAAAUGACCUUGAGUUCCAGAGGCUUAGAUUCCAUUACUGUGGAUUACUAAAGGAGCUAUUCGAAGGCAUCAAUAAAUCCAAAGAUCCCUCCCGCUGGAUGCCCUUUGAGUCGAGGAAGUCCGCAUUUUCGCUCAUGGAGGAUUGGUGUGGUUAUUCGCCGAAUCAGUCCCAGAUCGCUGCACGGGAAGAAAACAUGAGGAAACUUGCGCUUGCGCGACAAAGAGAACCAUGGGAGGUUCGAAGUACUGCAGCGUUGGAGAUUGAGAAGAGGAAUUUGAGGACGGCUGCUCUGAGUGCUAUGGCUUCUCUAUGCGGCGGGCCCAUCAAAAUAACUACAGAGAGCAGAGCUACUCUCCAAUUCGAUGUGCGACGUAUGCUUUCCUGGAUUGAUAUCAUCCUUAAUACUGUGAGCGACAAACUCCAUGCCAUUGGGCGACGGGCUCUGAAGAACUUGAUCGUCCACAAUAAGGAUCUGCCACACCUUUUAGAACAGUCAAUCGAAAUGUGCUACAUCUCCGAAAGUCCCAAAGCAUUAGAGAGCUACUUCGAUGUCGUUGCACAAGUUUUGAUCGAGCACACUGAUUAUCCGUUUGCAUUUUGGAGAAUUCUUGGGGCUGUUCUUUUCGCACUGGGCAACGCGAAACGAGAGAUCCGGAUGAAAUCUGCACGUUUAUUACGUACACUUGAAGAGCGCCAACAGAAGAACUCUAGGAUUCAGGACUUUGACAUCAGCAUAUCCGAUAAGACAACUGCUGUCUACAAGCUUGCUCAGUUUGAAACUUCAAAGCGGUUGGCGCAACAACACACUGACCUAGCAUUCACGAUCUUUUCGGAAUUUUCACUGCACUUCAAGAAAAUCCAACCAGACACCCAACGAAACAUGGUAGCAGCAAUUCUUCCGUGGAUCCAGGCAAUAGAACUUCAAGUGGAUCCAAAUGGCGGACCAACGGCCAAGUCGUAUAUGCUCCUUGCCAACCUCUUCGAGAUCACAAUUCAAUCUGGCAACGUUCUUCCCAACGAAGUCCAAGCACUCUGGCAAGCGCUUGCUACGGGCCCUCAUGCUGGCAAUGUGCAACUGGUUCUUGAUUUUAUCAUCAACCUCUGUCUCGAGCGGAAGGAACAAAAUUUCGUAGAUUACGCGAAGCAAAUUAUUGUCUUCUUGUCCACGACGUUGGCUGGUUCUAAAGUCAUUGAGUUUUUCUUGAUGCAGGUCGUGCCUAAGAAUAUGGUUCACGAACGGAGAGACCCGAUUCCGCUGCCGCCUGACUUGAAAAGCUUGCCAUAUGUCGCCGACCUUGGGACUGUUUUGCCCGUUGGUAACAAGCAAGCUGGAUUUUCACUAGGCCAAGUCUCUCUCAUUUUCCUCGUCGAUUUGAUGGUUUCUCCUGUUACACUUGGGCUCGACAGUGUGAUCAAAUUACUCCAUACUGCCCUCAUAUUCUGGGACCAUUACACACUCACCGUACAAGAGCAAGCCCGUGAGAUGCUUGUCCAUUUAAUCCACGAGCUUGUUGCUUCAAAAAUUGGUGACUCACCGGAUGGCAUGAGGACAUCUAUCGAAGAUUUCGUCGAAUGUAUCCGUCGGGGUGACGCCGCUGUUGUUUGGGACUAUGAGGACAAUAAUGGCGGCGAUGAUGACCAGGAUACCAGCAGGGUUCCUGCGUCUAUGCAUCGUGUGACCCAAGAUGUCGCGAAUUUUUUCUCUGCUGCGUACGAAGGUGUGAACGAUCUAUGGGCGAAAGAGGCGUUAAACUGGUCUACUUCUUGCCCUGUCCGGCACCUUGCAUGUCGGUCCUUUCAGGUGUUCAGAUGCAUUUCGACGUCCCUUGACUCGAGAAUGCUAGCGGAUAUGCUCGCACGGUUGUCUAAUACGAUUGCCGACGAGGAAACCGAUUACCAAACCUUCUCGAUGGAAAUUUUGACCACGUUGAAAGUUAUCAUCAGCUCCCUUGCGCCACAGGAUUUGCUGCGCUACCCCCAACUCUUCUGGACAACGUGUGCAUGCCUUAACACGAUUCAUGAGCGCGAGUUCAUGGAAAGUGUUGGUAUGCUGGAAAAAUAUCUGGACAAGGUGGACAUGCGUGACCCGGCUGUUUUAACGAAACUCAGAGAGAGCAAACCGGCCAAGUGGGAAGGCGACUUUGAGGGCAUCCAGGUUCUGAUAUACAAGGGAUUAAAAUCUGGUGAAUUGCUAGACAAGACUUUGUCCGUUCUGCACCGGCUCACUGCACUUCCCAACGAUGAACUGGUGGGUGAUAACAAUCGGUUACUCUUUGCAAUCCUGGCGAACCUCCCGGGCCUACUCCACCGGUUUGAUCUCCCAGAACGGCCCAAGGAGGUUGUCGAGCGCGCGAGGCUACUUGCUUCGAUUUCUGAGAACAACGGGUAUACUCGACUUUCUGAUUGCUUAUUUGGCUUCUCAAGCGGCCACUAUAAGCGGAGUCAAGAUUUGUUAGUAGAUACUGUUGAAGCUAUUCGAUCUUACUACUUCCCCGCGCAAGAGGUCCAAACUCUUAUUUUCCUUAUGGGGUUGCUGACGAACACGACACCAUGGUUCCGCAUCAAGACUAUGAAGAUUCUGUGUGCUUUAAUUUCUGAAAUCGACAUGCGUCGCCCUGAAAUUGCGUGCUAUGGGCCGGAUCUCAUUUCUCCCCUACUUCGACUGCUUCACACUGACCUAUGUCCCCAGGCCCUAGAAGUGAUGGACCACAUAAUGACCGUCUCUGGAAACCCGAUGGAGCGACAUCAUCUAAGAAUGAGUAUGGCUUCGUCAUGCUCAUCUCGAGCGAUCCGUAAGGAGUUUGAGCGUAUCCAAAGUCUGUAUGGAAUACCGGAACGAACUGGCUGGUCUAUCCCUGUUCCCGCUGCCCAGUCAGCCCUGACGAGGAAUAAUGUGCAUGCUGUUUUCUACACUUGUGCAGACGCCGAUGGAUCCGAACAAACUCCUGCGUCCCCUGAAAUGGAGUUCCACGUGGAUGAAUAUAACAAUUUGUAUUUCCCGGGGCUACGAGCGGACACGAUGAAAUCAUUCGAUACCCAGAACGACGGAAGUAUGGGCGACUUAUUGCAGAAACUAGACAGUCUUGAUGAUUUCUUCGACGAAACUGAAGCGAUUCCAGCCCCCUUGAAUUCAAUUUCAGGUACCACACUGCACAGUUUCGCAAGCGACUUCCACGACGCCAGUGCCAAUCUUUACGAUCAGCAAACCGCCCCUCUCUUACGAAAGUCACUAGCUCGAACAGCCUCAUCCUCAUCUUUCCACAACGGCCUCGCUGAAUCCCGACCAACAACCAGUCGCACAGAUGUAACCGGGAUGCACGCUUCGACGUUCAGCGUAAACUCCGGAAUCCCAUCCUCCAGAACCUCUAUGCACACACGAUCCGUAACUUCGCCCGCAAACACCUAUCCCUCCAGCAGCCAGUUAUCGAUACCCAUGUUCGGAAGCUCAACUACACUCCCAUUCCUAUCCGAUGACGAGCUCGAGGAAGCGCUCUCCGACUCUGACCAGCCAUCCUCUAACUCAGCCACGUCUCCGCGCCAUGGCAGCGAAGGUCCGUUCUCGCUUGAGUCCGUGAUCCGCAGCAGCGUGCGUCGCUUGACUGGCGGCACGUCCUCCACCAGAGAGAAAGAACGCCAGCGGGACCUCCUAAGAGCUCAGCAGCGUGCGUUUGUCCAUACGGCUAGCUCACCACGAGUUCCCAAAGUCCCGGCGGAGUAUCUUACGGGUCCAGCGGGAGGCCUUCCAGGUGGCUCUACAAGUGGCCCCACCACGAGCGCUGUCCCACCGAGCGGUCCUGCUUCCCCGGGACAUUGAAGUGGCACACCUUGCAAUACUCUAAUUAUAUAAUCUCCCGUCCCUUGACUACGUAUCUUUCUGCUCGUAUUACUGCCAUUUUACCGCUUAAGAUACCCUGAUCUCUAAAUAUACUGUUUAACUCCCCCCCGUCCCCCCCCCCCCCCCCCCUUUACAUUUUUCUAUAUCUCACGUACACAUUUAUAUACUGCUUUUGUUUUCCAAUUUUCUUCCUCGGUAUCAUGAUAAAAUCUCCUUAAUGUUUGACGUUUUAUCUCCCAUCACCAUCACCAGCCUAGAACAAGUUAUAUGUUCUUUCUGGAGCCUUUUGUGUGACAUUUGCCUUAUUUUCUCAUUGUGGAUCCGAAAGUCAGGAUAAUGAUUGCAUAAGUUAUGGGUUGAUUGUGUCUGUGGGUCGGUGUCAGGAGCUUGGGGGAUAUAUGAAUGAUGAAAGAUUUGAUUUUUCCCGAGGCAUAUAUAUAGAUAGGAAUGGACGUAUUUAAUAGAAAGACUGUUUGGCUGCUUUGCGUUCGGUAUUUGACGAUUUAUUCCCAGUGGUUAUCACAUUUCUUUCUCCUGCGAUAUUGUUUAUGUUUCCUUUCUGGCGUUCGUGGUAGAUUUGGUUAUCAAUGAUAUUCACGAUAUAGAAUGGUGUAUAUUAAUCUUCAAAUCUAACCAAUCCACCCGUCUAAUAAAUCCAUUACGUCUAUCGACUGCAGAAAAUAAGUUGACAUGCUAUGCGCUAAAAAGUAUUGGUUAAAUGAUGGUUACCGUCUUUAACACAGCAUCUUGAAACAUCUCCCCAACAGGAUCUAUAGGGGGGGGCUUCUGCAGAAGAAUCACCGUUCCAAUCCGCUCAAAACGCCCAGACGAUUCAGACCGCUUCUUCAAGACAAGCGAUAUCAGAUGGUCUGUCGAUCC